UUUAGAGCAGUAUAAAUACGACCCACCAGUGCCUUAACCAGUCAGUUACAACCGAAAGUGAGACCCAAUCGUACUUCAAAAUGAAAUAUUUCAUUCUAAUCCUGGCAGCUGUUGUACUUGCUCAAGCCCAAGACGACUGGAAAAUUAAAUCUGCCAACGAGGUCAACGAUAUACGCAGAGAAUGCCACAAGGAACAUCCUUUUAAUGAAGAAUUGCAGAAACACGAGGAGGUAUUACGCUUCCCAGACGAAGAUGUAGUUCGUAACUAUGAAGUGUGUGUUUUCACCAAAUGGGGAGUUUUCGACCCAGAAACCGGUUUCAAGAAAGAUCGCUUAGUAAGGCAAUUCGAGCCUGUAUUAAAAAGAGAAGAGAUUGACGAAAUAAUCGGCCGUUGCGCAGAUAAGAAUGAGCAGGGUAGCCCUGUUGAUGUGUGGGUCUAUCGCUUUCAACAGUGUGUUUCCAGAAGCGAAAUUCCUCCCAACUUUUUGAAAAUUAUUGGAAAACUAUAAUAAAUGCUAUCUUUAUACAGUUAAGUCUCGUAAAUUUGUAUUUACAUAGCAUCUUACCAAAAAAGACAAAAAUUAAAUAAAAUUUAUAAGGUGUCUACUACACUAA